CUAAGGAUGGGUGCAGGUGGCUCUCCCAUGUGCCUCUCUCUCGCCUCAUUCAAAGGAACGAGGAGCUGGCUGGACAGACCGUUACUCUGGGCUAUUUUUCUUUCUACUGCACUUCAGAAUGCUGCAGUGGAUUGUAAGAGGGUGAGAACAAACGAUUUACCUUCUCCAAAGCUGAACUCAAGUAUGAAUGUGGUCAGCAUGGGCCAAAAUGUAUCUCUGUCUUGUUCCAGCAAGAACACAUCAGUGGACAUCACCUAUUCGCUAUUUUGGGGUAGGAAACACCUACAAACCAAGAUAAGUGGGCAAACUGUGACUUUUUACCUGAAGAUUUCCAAUGCCAACGAAACAGGCCCCUACAAAUGCAAAACCAAUGAUUCCAGUGGGCUGAAAUAUAGUCAGGAUUUCAACUUCACAAUCGCCCAAGAGAGCUGCCCUUCAUGUCUGCUGUCACAGCUGCUGCCAGCAGUGUUACUGGGGCUGCUGGUAAUAAUCCUAGUUCUGGUUUUCUUCAUUCGAACAAAGUACAAAAGAGGAAAAGCUCAGAGAGCGAGCGAGUCCAAGAGUUCUGGAGAUGCAGUCACGCAAGGCGAGCUGUAUGCAAACGUCUGUGAGAUUCAGACAGAGGCAGGACAACCCCAGGAGUUACACUAUGCCACUCCAGUCUUCAAGGAGGGGGCACCCAGGAAACAAGAGGGCCAUGCUGGUAAUAAAACGGAUUACAUCUAUUCUGACCUCACCUACUGAAGUGUGAAGAAACCGAUUGCAUUCUGUGUAAAAAAAGACUUUCUAGUAAGCCGGUGUGUAUGAGGAAAUAGCCAGUUCACCGGCGCUUCACAGUUUCACACCAAGCUGGGGAAGGAGGACCCUGAAUUCAAGGCCAACUGGGACUACAAAGCAAGACCCCGUCUUAAAACACAAAACUAGCCAGGCAGUGGUGGCGCACACCUUUAAUCCCAGCACUGAGGAGGCAGAGGCAGAAGGAUCUCUGUGAGUUUGAAGCCAGCCUGGUCUACAGAGUGAGUUCCAGGGCAGACUCCAUAGCUGCUGAGAAACCCUGUCUCGAAAAACAAAAAAAACCAACCAACCAAACAAACAAACAAAAGACAAACAAAAACCCACAAAACCAAAACCAUUGGCCGGGCGGUGGUGGCGCACGCCUUUAAUCCCAGCACUUGGGAGGCAGAGGCAGGCGGAUCUCUGGGAGUUCGAGACCAGCCUGGUCUACAGAGCUAGUUCCAGGACAGGCUCCAAAGCCACAGAGAAACCCUGUCUCGAAAAACCAAAAAAAAAAAAAAAAAAAAAAAA